UAAUUACUUCCCCAUUCACACACACACUAUUUUUUUUUCAGAUUGAAUAUGAACACAGAGCACCAGAGUGUCGGCUGGGUCUAAAGGAAGGCCGUCCAUUCUCAGGGGUCACCGCAUGUCUGGACUUCUGUGCACAUGCCCAUAGAGACUUGCACAACAUGCAGAAUGGCAGCACAUUGGUAUGUACCCUCACUAGAGAAGACAAUCGAGAAAUUGGAGGAAAUCCUGAGGAUGAGCAGCUCCAUGUUCUGCCUUUAUACAAAAUCUCUGAUGUGGAUGAGUGUGGGAGUAUAGAAGCUCAGGAGGAGAAAAAACGAAAUGGUGCCAUUCAAGUACUGAGUUCUUUUCGGCGGAAAGUCAGGAUGUUAGCAGAGCCAGUCAAGACUUGCCGACAAAGGAAACUAGAAGCCAAGAAAGCUGCAGCUGAAAAGCUUUCCUCUCUGGAGAACAGCUCAAAUAAGAACGAAAAGGAAAAGUCAGCCUCAUUGCGUACAAAACAGAGUGAAAAUGCAAGUCAGGCUAAACAGUUGGCAGGUAAAUUUAAUGUGAAGUAUUAUAGAUGUGUGUUGUAUGAUACUUGUAUUUAGAAUUACAUCAAUUGAGGUCUUUGUUCUGUACCAAAAUCUUUCCUCAGUUAGCAAGGGCCAGGCUUUGCUCUUGGAGAUGGUAAAGAGGUACCACACCGUCAACCCCAGCUUGAGGGAGAAGUUAGGAUUUUAUUCUAUAAUAAAAACAGCAAUAUUUAACAGGUAAGUGAUAGGGUGAAAUUACCUCUC